AUGUCUCUUGCACACUUGAACGGAGAAAACGUAAAGUUGCUUUAUGCCAUCAUUAAGCAGAUGGAUGUGAGAGCGCUUGAUUGGGACCUGAUUGCCCAAACUCUCGAAGGAGGAGUUACUAAAAACGCGGCCCGCAAGCGUUGGGGAAGGCUGAAACAGGCACUGGAUACUGAACUCUCGACCUCAACGUCGACGUCUUCAAGCGCAAGCUGCUCUGGGUUAGCGAAGGGACAGAAACCUACUCCUGCCACCCCGAAAAAGAGAAAGCUCACGGCGGAAGAUUUGGAGGCAAGCGCUUAG